GUCCUCAUCCGGGGAGCAGAUGACAUAGAGAGUGUUUCCAGCCAUUAGGGCUCAAAAGUUCCCCAAGCAAGCAAAUCUGGAAGACCCGUCAUCUUCCUUGCGUCGAUCUCUCGACCGAGAUGUCACCCCCUCACAGUUUCUGGCUUCUACGCCUCUUGAUCACUCACUCAAAAGCGUCAUGCUCGAGAUUGGUGUCCAGACUGAAAGCUUAGAUGGGCUUGUCCAGCCUGCUACAAACUCUAUUUACAACCUGAGCCCUCGAGAUUCAAUGGCAACAUUCGGCGGCGGCUCAACUUCUCGUACUACCGACUGCUCUAGAGACACUAAGGCAUCAUCCAUGAAGAAAAAACCACCACCUUUAUCUUCUAGCUCUGGUCUUCGUCGCACUCACGCGCAUCAGGAUAGCGUUACUUCGCCCACCGGGUCGGAUGAGUUUUCAAGAAACCGCUGUUCUCUCAACUCUCUUAGGACUGAAACAACCAGUAACAGCGAGCAACUCACCCCAGCCUGCUCUCCAAAACGCAACCACUCCAUGGAACUUGAUAAUCCCAUGAACCAAACCAGUCAUGUAUCCGAGCUUGCUAACUCUUCAACGUCUCAAGGACCAUCUAAGCCUCCACCCCCACUUGACCAACGGCGCCAGAUUAACCCCAUUCCACCAAACUCAUCGGGUCUCCCUCCACAGAGACCCUACUCACCACCACCCAAGGAAUUGGUUGAAAAAGCACAAAUUCCUCGCACCAUUCAGUUGGCUGUGCCCUCUGUACCUCCGAUCCGACGUUCCUCUUACUCGAGCAUGCCUCCACCAUCUUCCAAACCUCGUACCGGCAAGGCUAGCCCGGCCACACAUAUUAGCAAAAAGAAGGCAUCCACUCUCACUCGGGCAAAUAAGCUAUUCAACUCGGCUGACAACCAUUCUGAGUCGCCAGAGGUGAGCCAAUUUGGUAUCGCUCUCAUGGCACCAGUGGUUCAUUCUAGUAAUGAACACAUCCGCCGAAAAAUGCAACUCGGCAACCUUAGCAUGAUGGGCGGAUCGACUGAACAGUUGAGUCAAAGAUCUAGGCGCCAGUCUUUCAACUCGGAUCGAACAGACCAUACCAGCGAUCCAGGUGAUGAUCUUGCACCAAGGUCCGCUAGUAUUUCGGCCCCAACUACCACCGAUCCAAACGCCAUUCACGCUAUCACUCAAACCAUGAUCGGAGAAUUUUUGUUCAAGUAUACUACUAAGACUCUCACCCGAGGGUUCAGCGAGAAACGGCACAGAAGAUUCUUCUGGGUUCAUCCUUAUACCAAAACCUUAUAUUGGAGCACUUCAGAUCCUGGGGCCCAUGGAGCUAACCAGUCAACUGCCAAGAGCGUCCUCAUUGAAAGCGUCCGAACGAUUGACGACAAGAAUGUCGCGCCCUCAGGCUUGGCUUCACACAGCCUUGUCAUCCAGACUCCUAACCGGGAAAUGAAAAUUACUGCGCCUUCAAAAGAAAGGCACGAACUCUGGUUUAGUGCGAUCAACUAUCUCCUGACUCGACCCGAUCCAUCUGCUACCACAAGUCCAGCAUUCAAUCAGCAAAAUAUCAGUCCUAACCCUUCUGCGAGAGGCCCAGCCCAGUCUACAUUCUCCAGUAGAAACACGAUGCUUUCCAGGUUUAGAACGCAGGAUCCUUCGAUUCUCAACACGCCACCGGCUGUACAUCAAGCUAUAUAUGAUAUGUCCAGCUCGAAAUCCCUCAACGACAGUCCAGCAAUUGCCUCCACCGGAUCUUCGGAAAGGCUGACCCCCAAAGCAAGCAAAGGUCCCUCUGGUCUCCCUGUACCCAUGAAACGGGGAGCUGCUCCAUCUCGUGGAUCUACGAAGCAGAUGGCCGACUCGCCGCGCUUCCUGCAGAGCUCACCUGCAGAACCGAUUGUAUUCGACAACAGUUUCAGCCAAUCAGCCUUUGGUCUUCAUCAGGACCUUGACCGUCGCUCAGUCAGCUUCAACGGCAUUCACCGGGGUGAUGGUGAGAUGGCAGAUGACACCGAUGUCAGUAUGAGCUACGAUAGUCGGUGCGAUGAUACCCUAGACGAUGGAUUUGAGGGAGUCGAAAACGUCAGAGCAUGUUGUGAUGGUAAACAUGACGUUGGAUCAUUAUCUCGACGUCUCGCCCAUUCAUCGAACCAUGAACACAGUCAUGUAAUCCACAGUCGACCAGCUUCGCGAGGACCUUCAGGAAAGCAGCGUGAGGCAGACCGGACGAGUUAUGUCUCCAGCCGGGCUCUUCGACCCCUGGAUAGUCCUAGCCUGAGAGCAUCGAAUCUCGAAGCCCUCCGCUCACGAUAUGGCGGCGCCAGUUCCCCUGGCCCUCAAGCUCAAGCUCAAGCUCAAGCCCAGCAGACACCUCCUCAUCUUCGCAGGGUUCAAGGCAGGAGCUCGGUCAUCGGCCAGGCUGCGCUUUCAAAUUCCCUACAGUCCUCCCCCGCCGGCACUGUUUCGAGCCGUUUUCAUCGCGAAUCUGCGUUCUUUCAGGACUUGAAAUCUUUCAAUGCUGCAUCAGUCGAGCAAUUGCAGACCCCGCCACCAAGAAGUAGUAGUCGGUUCCCCAAACAACAGAUGGAUAAUCUGGCUGCAAGCAUCCAUAGCAGUAGACGGGGCUCGGUUGGCUCGGAUCUUGGAUGAGACAGAUUGAUUGUAUUUUGUUGUCCUCAAUCCAUGUGGUUCUCUAUUGAUCUUCCAACUUUGACUUUUAGUUGUAUAAUUAUAUACCUGCUCAUGCUUGGUUAUCUAUCAGGAAAUCUCGUGGUGCAUUUGUUUCUCCUCUUAUCUUUUUUUUUUUCCAUUCAAUUCAAAUGCUUCAAGAUAUCAUGAUCAAUGGUGUGGGGGGGGGGAUCUUCUGGCCUCAAAGGACAUCUGUUUCUGCUCUCUGCUAUUCCUGUACAUACCAAUCCAUCAUUUUUUUUCC